AUGACACUGCGUUACUUCAAGAAAGAGCUGCCAGUGUCCGUGCAGGAGUACAACACCAUGAUGACAAAGACCAUCAUAUCAUGUGAUGUGACUCGAGUGUUGGGAACUUCAGGAUCUGACUAUAUAUUCAUCGUGUACAACGAUCGCAUUCGCUGUAUAUCACUAUUCUCGGGGCAGACUGUUGUCAGGAAAGGUCCAUUACCAAGUGCUGAUGAUGAGCAGGAGGAGAAAGAGGAAGACACUGACACUGUCUUAGGAAAGGUAUGGGCACACAUGUAUUUUAUAUAUACAAAUCGCUUCAACGGCUGUAUUAUUGAUGAGACCCUUCUAGAUCUGCCCCUAUCCACUGACUGUACAGUGGUCAGCUUUGAAGGCCGAAUACACCUGGUCCUGUUUGCAAGGAAAAUGUCCAAGAUGUACAUAGUCACGUUCAUAGACAAAAACAAUUAUGCAGACAGACGGGCUCUGUGGAAGACGUAUACCACAAUACCAAAUCAUCAGAUUGUCCCACGUGAACUAAGAGUGAACAAGUGUGAUUGGCUAAUGGACGACGUACAGCAUGUGAGUGUGGCGGCACGCAAGAUACUCCUACGUAAGGUGGAUAUGGAAAUGAGGAAGGCGGGGCUUAUCAGGGACCAUCCACGCACCAUUAAACGAAUCAUGCUGUCAGACAAAGUGGAAAAUUACAAGAUACUUGAUAAAACAGUCACAGAGAGAGCCUUGCUGGACAAGGAAGCGGUGAUGCAGAGGCGGGCCGCAAGCCGAGCUGAGACUGUCAGUCCAAAGAUAGACGAGGAUGAUAAAUUCUAG